CUUCUCAUCCGUCAUUCCUCUUCGAACACAUUAACUAUGGCUGGGUUUCGCUUUCUACACUUGAUUAGGCCAUUUAUGGCUGUACUGCCAGAGAUCGCUGCUCCAGAGCGCAAGGUCCCAUUUAGACAGAAGGUUCUUUGGACAGCUGUUACUCUCUUCAUCUUCUUGGUAUGCUCCCAAGUUCCUUUAUAUGGCAUUAUGUCAUCAGAUUCAUCAGAUCCUCUGUACUGGAUGCGUGCUAUUCUCGCAUCCAAUCGUGGAACUCUGAUGGAACUUGGCAUCACUCCUAUUGUCACAUCAGGCAUGUUCAUGCAGUUGCUGGCCGGCGCUAACUUGAUUGAAGUCGACUACAGUCUCAAGGAGGAUCGCUCUCUCUUCAAUGGCGCUCAGAAAUUGUUUGCAAUGUUGAUUGCUUUUGGCCAGGCCACUGUCUCGGUGAUGAAUGGAUUGUACGGACCUCCUUCGGAGUUGGGAGCCGGUAUCUGCCUGCUUUUGAUCCUCCAACUUGUUGUUGCUGGAGUGAUUGUUGUUCUUCUGGAUGAGCUCUUGCAAAAGGGCUAUGGUUUGGGCUCAGGUAUCUCGCUUUUCAUCGCCACCAAUGUUUGCGAGACCAUUCUCUGGAAGGCUCUUAGUCCUACCACUUAUAAUGUCGGUAAUGGUCCAGAGUUUGAGGGUGCUUUGAUUGCUCUUUUCCAUUUGCUGUUCAUUCGCUCUAACAAGUCCCGUGCUCUCAAGGAAGCUUUCUACCGCGAUAACUUACCCAAUGUUAUGAACCUAUUGGCUACCCUACUCAUCUUUGGAAUUGUCAUAUACCUUCAAGGCUUCCGUGUCGAGAUCCCUGUCAAGUCCUCCCGCUUCCGUGGACAGCGUGGAACCUACCCCAUCAAAUUGUUCUACACAUCUAACAUGCCCAUUAUGUUGCAGUCAGCCUUGACCUCCAACAUGUUUAUGAUUUCUCAAAUGGUUUACAAUCGCUUCCCCGAAAACAUCCUUGUCCGCAUUUUCGGCACAUGGUCUCCUUACCAAGGUACUAGCCAGAUGAUUGCCUCAGGAGGACUCGCCUAUUACAUGUCUCCUCCUCACAGUAUCACUGAAGCUCUUUUGGACCCUAUCCAUACGGUCGUUUAUGUCACUUUCAUGUUGACUGCCUGUGCCCUCUUGUCCAAGACCUGGAUUGAGGUCUCUGGUUCAUCUGCUCGUGAUGUCGCCAAACAACUCAAGGACCAAGGUAUGGUCAUGGCUGGUCAUCGUGAUGCCUCAAUGUACAAGGAGUUGAAGCGUGUCAUUCCUACUGCUGCUGCCUUUGGAGGCGCCGUUUUGGGCGCUGUCUCUGUCUUUGCUGACUUGAUUGGUGCCAUUGGAUCUGGAACGGGUAUUUUGCUUUGUACCACCAUUAUCUACCAGUAUUGGGAAAUGUUUGUUAAGGAGAGCAUCGAGAAUUCUGGUGAUGCUCUUGCUUUUUAAACGAUCAAAAGAAGUAUGAUGAAAAUGAUGGCGAUUAAUUAGACGCUUUAGUCGAUUUUAUACUGCUGUUUUUACCUUUGUCCC